UCUGGUCCAACUACCCCCUUACCCCACCUCCAUCCUUCAGCCGCCUUCACCAUGGCGCAGCUCCAGACGCGCUUCUUCACCACCAACAAAAAAUAUGCAGUAGACAAUGUUCCCUUCUCCAUCCCUGCGGCUUCUGAAAUCUCUGAUCUUAGUAACAUUAUCAAUAAAUUAUUGGAAGCCAAAAAUGAAGUCCAUAAGUAUGUGGAGUUUGAUUUCCUUAUUAAGGGCCAUUUCCUGCGAAUGCCCUUGAUUAAGCAUAUGGAACUAGAGAACAUCUCAACAGAAGAAGUAGUGGAAAUUGAGUAUGUGGAAAAAUAUAUCGCACCACAACCUGAAGAAUGUAUAGUCCAUGAUGACUGGAUCAGUUCAAUUGAAGGAACAGAGGAAUGGAUCUUGACUGGCUCCUAUGACAAGACAUCUCGGAUCUCCUCUCCAGAAGGAAAAUCUCUCAUGACAAUUGUUGGACAUAGGGAAGUGGUGAAAGAUGUUGCCUGGGUGAAGAAAGACAGUUCUUCAUGUUUGCUUCUCACUGCCUCGAUGGACCAGACCAUCCUCUUGUGGGAAUGGAAUGUGGAGAGAAACAAAGUAAAAGCUCUCCAUUGCUGUAGAGGCCAUGCUGAGAGUGUGGAAUCUGUAGCUGUUGACACCACAGGGACUAAAUUUUGCAGUGGCUCAUGGGAUAAGAUGUUAAAGAUCUGGUCUGCAGUUCCUACAAAUGAAGAAGAUGAAGUAGAAGACUCUACAAUCAAGCCUAGAAAGAAACAGAGGACAGAGCAACUGGGAUUAACACGGACUCCUAUUGUGACUUUAUCUGGCCAUAAUGAUGCAAUUUUCUCAGUGCUUUGGUCAGAUGCUGGAGAAAUUUGCAGUGCUUCGUGGGACCAUACAAUUAGAGUGUGGGAUGUUGAAACUGGCAAUCUUAAGUCAACUUUGACUGGAAAUAAAGCAUUUAACUGUAUCUCCUAUUCUCCACUUUGUAAACGUUUAGCAUCUGGAAAUUCUGAUAGACAUAUUAGGCUGUGGGAUCCCCGAACUAAAGAUGGUUCGUUGGUGUUAUUAUCCUUAACUUCCCAUAAUAACUGGGUGACAUCAGUGAAAUGGUCUCCCACACAUGAACAGCAGCUAAUUUCAGGUUCGCUGGACAAUUUGGUCAAGCUUUGGGAUACAAGAAGUUGCAAAGCCCCUCUUUAUGAUUUGGCUGCUCAUGAAGAUAAAGUUCUAUGUGUAGAUUGGACAGAAGCAGGGUUGCUGUUGAGUGGAGGAGCUGACAAUAAACUGUACUCCUACAAAUAUUCAGCCACUGCUUCAGAUGCAUGAAAAUGGAUGGUGAUUUGACAUAAAAGAUUAUCUAUUAGCAUAUAAAACUUAUAGAAAAUCAUUGAUUAUGUAGCAGAUUUGAAGAUCAUUGCUUUCAUCAGCUAGCCUUUUACAACAACCUCUGUGAUAUUUUAUGGUUUUUGACUGUCAAAACAGUCACGUUUUAUUGUAUUUAGUUUUUUCCCCCAUUUUUCUUUAUAUUUAUAAUAUACAAAUAUAGGUAUUUAUAAAAAUGUGAAAUGCAACCAGUUCUCUUCACCAUGUUUAGUACUUCUUGAAAUUAUGUUUUGUUCUUUUGUGAACAUUUUGGCUUUGAAUAACAUAAAAAAGGAUUAGAAAGUUUAUAAUAAAUAUAAAGCAAUUGAAUUUAUAGAUCCUGAUUUAUUCUAUGGGAAAAGUUUUUCUUUGAACCCAAACUGUUGGAAAAUGCCAUAUUAAAAAGAUGAAUGAAAUUAGAAAUAAAAAAAUGCUUUACUAUUAUUCUUUUAA